AUUGCAACACGACAAUGAUAAAUCGACCGGUUUAACUCCAGUUCUUUUGCGCACGUCAUUGGACGGAAUCAAUACUAUGACUCGGACGCCGACUCAUCGGGCCCGGAGACAGUCAACCCCAACUCUGCGGCUCUCCCGGUCCUAUGACUAUUUAUCUUCGUUUGAUACGGCUUCUCCGGAACAUAUCAUUCAGUUUACGCCGUUUCGAGAGAUCCUGGAUCUUCGGACUCAACGACGGAUCCGACGAGCCGGUUUGAGUGAUGAGAUGAACAAAUAUGAGCGGGAAAGGCGUGAAAAGGCAAAACAUAAGGAUGCCUUACGGAAGAAUGAUGCAGAGCUCGCGGCAUUGAGAAAGGAACUGAACGACUUGAAAAAACACAGGUUUGAUGAUGACGCAAAUACUGAAGCUGCGCAGACAGCCUCCCGGGCUCAAGUAGAACACUUAGAAGCGCAAAUCCGUCGACUCAAGGAUAGGCUUUAUUUAUCUGCACACAAUAUUGACCUCGAAGGCGUCUCAAAGGAUGGUGAAGACGCUGUUAUGAUUAAUGCCGGUGAAUUGGACGACGAUGGCCAUGCCAUGGUAUCGAACUCGCCGGCAUCUAGUUUUAUAGACAAUCUCUCUUCACCAGCUUCAGAGACUCCUCUAGUGCUUGCCAGAAAGCACGUGGAUGCCGAUACCUCCACACAAGUGGAUAUUCUGGACAAUAAGCAAGAAUCCGAGAUCCUUGCUCUCUCUCGUGAUUUGGAAGCAGCGAAAGAGGAGAAGAGAGCGCUUUUCAAUGCAUGCCGCGCUCUCCCUCAUCUAAAUGGAUCUCUAGGUGGCAGCACAUUCCGCUUGCCCUCUCCUCCUCCAGACUUCUUGGGCCAAAUUGUGCCCAUCUUAUCAUCGGCUCUCAGCCGCGCUUCAGAUGCUGCGAAUGCGCUUGGUUCUGCCAAGCAGAGGCUCCUUGGUUUGGGUUUUCAGGGAGAUAGCGUGGAUGAAAUAAUUUCUGAGAUGCGUUCCCACUUUCGUUCAGCGCGUCUCGAUUUGGAACGUGCGGCCCCUGGGGAAACAGCCAACGUCGGCCUGGAGGAUGGUUGUGCCACCCUCGGUGCCUUGGUUAAGCGUAUCAAAUUACUUAUCGAGAGUAUGGGGAAAGAACGUGGACUUUAUUAUGGUUCGUUAGGCCGGGAGAAAGCUUUGAGGGGCCAGUUUGAUGCCUUGCUAGUUCGGUAUGACGAGGCAUUGGAGAAGAUCAGGGAUCUUGAACAGGAAACUUUGAUUUCAUCGAACAACAUGCUUCAUACGACAGUGAAAAUGGAAGAACUCGAACGCUCCAGAGAUGAACAAACCAUCGAAAUUAACAGGCUGAAUGAGGCAUUGAGCAGGUACCACGAUGAAGCUAAGAGGCUUGAAGCUCUCGUGACAGGUCUAGAGGCAGAAAGCGCAGCCUGCAAAGAGAAGCACAGCAAGGAAAUAUCAGACCUAAACAGCAAGAUUGCCAGCGAAGUGAACAUACGCCAUGUUGCUGAGUCAAUCGUUGCUGAACGCGAGACACGUAUCCAUGAAUUGGAGGAAAUUGUCCAAGAUAACCGGAUUAAGAUCUGCGAUAUGACCGCACACAUUGAGGCCAUUGAAAUUGAGUACCAGCUGGCUUUAGAGAGUCAACAGCGCAAGGCAGCUGAACGACAAGACUAUCACGACCAGGAGAUGGGAUUCAUGAAUGUCCGUAUCUCGGAGCUUACAACAUCCCUGGAAGCUGCAAAAUCAGAAGUAGGCAAACUUUGCCGGCAAAACAGUGGCCUGGAACAGCAACUCCAACUUGAGAUAAAAGCAAAAAAUGACUUGAUGCAUGAAUGGAUUGCAACUCAAACACGCGCGUUUGUCUCAACAAGGAAAGCAAUUCAUGCCGAGCAGCACAGUGCUAAGAUCCGUGAAGAGAAUAAUAAAGAACUUCUGUCAGAUAACUUUCAAUCUGAUAUCAGAAGUGAGCCUAUUACUCCUGUGAGUAUGACAAGAUAUGUGGAUGUUGAGAUUGGCAGGGGAAAGGAUAGACAACAGGUGAAUAGUGGGAUUGAGUUUCUGAUGGAGGGAGACCUCAUUGAUGAUGAUGAUGAUGAUUAUGUUAAUCGACAGAUCCAGAAUUCUCUGAAUUCUGAUAUUGAACUACCAAGUUCAGAUCCUGUCAAUCUUUGAGAACUUAACCUUUCAUUAUUAUUAUUUCCUAUCCUAGUUAGUUUUACUAUUUUCAGCAUGGUCGCCCGAUACUCGAGUAUAUAAGAACCUACCCUUGCUGUUCUCACCUUGUCC